ACCUCAACGGCAACAAUGAGAGGCCAGCUUAGCCAACAAUAUAGUGUAAAUUUUCCUCACUCUCUGCGCUCGCAAGUUACGUAAAUGUCAAAAAGCUGAAAAAAUCUUCGGUUUUUCCUUCAGGAGAAGAAUCAUCGAAGAUUUUUGGACUUUGGGCCGGUGAUCCACAAUAUUUACAAGGUUCUGGCAAGCAUUAAGGGCUUAGUAUUACGUGACGAAAUUCCUCAACAUCCACCCUAUCGAUUGACAUGGCUUCCCGAGUUGGUCGAAUUUGUGGAGCUGGACUUUUAAAGUCCAAUACAACAAACUGUUUACGUCAGGGCAAUGCUUAUUCCACUACCCGCGACUUUUCGAAAGGAAAGAAAGCUCUGUUGGGCGGCUUAGGAGUGGCAGCUGGUGGGGCAGGCGUACUUAUUUACACUUUGGAUAAAGCAGUUAGGGCUUCAGACCUUGACUUACAUCCACCGAAAAACCCAUGGAGUCACAAUGGCUUUUUUAAUUCUCUCGAUCAUGCUAGUAUCAGGAGAGGCUACGAAGUCUACAAACAAGUGUGUGCAGCUUGCCACUCAUUGCGCUUUAUUGCUUAUCGUAACUUAGUUGGCGUUUCCCAUACUGAAGAUGAAGCGAAAGCUGAAGCCGCCGAGCAGCUAUAUACUGACGGCCCCGAUGAAGCUGGAAACAUGUUCCAAAGGCCUGGUAAAUUGUCUGACUACAUGCCAAAUCCCUAUCCGAAUGAAGAAGCCGCAAGAGCAGCGAACAACGGCGCUUUCCCACCAGAUUUGAGUUAUAUCGUAUUGGGCCGACAUGGAGGGGAAGAUUACCUAUUUUCACUGCUUACGGGCUAUUACGACGCCCCAGCUGGAGUUAUCAUAAGAGAGGGACAGUAUUACAAUCCCUACUUCCCAGGAGGAGCUAUUUCUAUGGCUCAAGCUCUAUACAAUGAAGUUAUUGAAUAUGCCGAUGGAACCCCAGCUACUGCUAGCCAACUUGCUAAGGAUGUCGGAACAUUUUUGAAAUGGACUUCAGAGCCAGAAUAUGACGACCGUAAACGAAUGUUGAUCAAGGCGAUUGCAAUUUUCAGCACUCUCGCAUUCGUCAGUUACUAUGCCAAGAGGUUCAAAUGGUCAUCUCUCAAGUCAAGAAAAAUUGUUUUUAAACCCAAGGAGUAAAGAGUCCAUCAAAUUUUCAACAGCGUGACCAGAUAGCCAAUUAAUUUUUUUAAGAACAUACUUUUAAGAUUAAUUUUAUUUAUGUAAAUAUCAUUAUACAUUGUCUUCUGAAAUUAUUGCAUUGAACCUCUACGAAUAGUUUUUUUCAGUUUCCGUAUAUGAAAAUUCAACAUGUCACGUUAUUUGUUAUAUAAAUUAUAUGUUCCAGU